AUGGCUGCGCUUUCUUCAAAUUGGAAGAAGCUCCAGGCAAAGCUCAAAGAGGAAUCUGCAUCAAAGCCGUCUCUCAAGCGCAAACCGGAGACCCCAGCGACAAAUCCACCAACGAAAAAGCCCAAGGUCCAAAAGUCCUUUACAAAAACACCAAAAGCAGCAAAAUCAGCGCAAACAAGCGACAAGAAGAAAAUGGGAGGCGUUCACAGCUCAAAGAUUGAAGAGACGGCACCAGGGACCUCGACAUCUCUUGCGCUAUGGGCAGAAGACCACGAUGUAUCCGCAGAAGCUCUCGCUGAGGCAUACAAUUUGGGUGCUAAAGACAACUCGAUGAUGCUUGCUGCUGCAAAAGACAAAAUUAACCAUGGACUCACAGAGGGUAUCGAAAUCGGUAAAUAUAUUGCCAUCGACUGCGAGAUGGUUGGUGUUGGACCAGGUGGCCAUGAAUCAGCUCUCGCUCGUGUGAGCAUCGUCGACUUCCAUGGUGUGCAAAUUUACGACUCGUAUGUGAAACCCAAGGAGAAGGUCACAAAUUGGAGAACAGCCGUCAGCGGGAUCAGUCAAAAAUCUAUGAGAUUUGCCAGGGACUUUGAGGAAGUACAAGCAGAGAUUGACAAGCUUUUUCGGGGUCGAAUUUUGAUCGGCCACGACCUCAAGCAUGAUUUGGAAGCUCUCAUUCUCAGCCAUCCAGGAAAAGACAUACGAGACACAGCCAAGUUUUCAGGGUUCAAAAAAUACGCAAACGGGAGAAAACCAUCAUUACGAGUCCUUGCCCAACAGCUGCUAGGAGUUGAGAUACAAGGAGGGGAGCAUUCCAGUAUUGAAGAUGCGCGAGCGACUAUGUUACUUUUUCGCAAGCACAAGUCGGCUUUUGAUGUGGACCAUGCGAAUCGGUAUGCGCCAAAGACAGCGUCUGGAGGGGGUCAAAAAGGAAGCAAGCCAAAGAAGAAGAAGAAAUAA